CUCUGUUUUCUCGACGAGAUCGCUCGCGAAAUCACUUGUAUUCCUCAUUACGCAAUCGAACGACAAAAGUUUGAUACGCCGGACUGGUGCCGCACUGUUUGCAAUCGCAUCAGAAAUCUGCAACACACACGACGACAAGAAAACCAAAUACGACUGAAUCCAGUUCUUUCCAAGUCACUAUUAUCUCCCAGCAACAUUGGACUUUCAAAGACUAAAGACAUUGUACAAGAUGAUGAAAGCAAAAAAAAUGAAGGCAAAACCGCAACGACACAAUCUGAUGGAAUAGAAACAAAUUUAUCGAAAAAAAUCCACGAAAAAAUUUCUGUAUGCAAGAUAUAUACGCAAGAUGCAACUAUAAAAGAAGGCCUAGAACAGAUAAAAUGUAUGAUAGCAGCAUGCAAUGCAACAAUAAUAGACAAUAAUAAACGAUUAAAAAAUCUUGAACACGUGUUCGGUGCAAGUACGUCACAAGAUACAACAGAAAACGAUGACAAUUUUAUCAUGCAAUUUUUUCCUCUCAGCACUAUUCAAGCCAUUAGAGAUAUGGAAUAUAUGUUGACAAGCACAGAGGAAGCAGUGAUACAUUUCAGAAAAUUUUUAUUGAAAAUCGGUGGAAACAAUCCGAAAAAUAAUAUCCAGCGGAUUUUAAAGAAUGUCUUUACAAAUGAAUGUGUCGUGGACUGUUCAUGGAAGGGAAAAAGGGAUAAUUUUAAAAUAUGUGACCUGAAACUGAUAAAAAUAAUGAAAAGGGACGUUAUCUCACGCUACGUAACCCUGACAGAGGCGGAGUUUGAAAACAUCGUGGCCGAGUGGUUACGUUUCGCGAAACAACGACAAGAACGAGACAAAAAUAAGAGAAAUGUUGAACUUGAAGAACAUUACGUUUAAAUAGAUAUAACAUUACAAAAUGUUUCUUUGUUUUUUCACAGUAGAUUCUGAGAUUUCGUUAAAUAACGAGAAAAAAAUUUUUAAUCCGCAUAGUAGAAUCCGUAGAAUCCGCAUUGAUUACAUCGGCAGAUGCUGAGACUGCCACCCUUCGAUGGCAGAGUCCGCAUCGAUAAUAAAGUUUUAAAAAACACAUCAUGCUGGGAUUUUUUCAUUUUAUUGCAAAGAUAAAGACAAAUCUCUCUUUUACAUUAAUAGUCUUGAACAUUAUUUUAUAAUUUUGUCAUAUUAUACGUCAUAAAGAAUUAUUGACAUUUAUGACGAAAAGUAUACAUAUAAUUAGUGAGUCUCAAAAUGCAUGUUUCUCACUUGGAACAUCCAUUAUUUUUCCUAACUAUUUUAUAACUGAUAAUUUCUUUUAUUAUUAUAUACAUACUAUUUAUACGCUAAUAAGCUGUAAUAAUGAAAUAACAUUUAUUAAGAUGUUAAUUUUUCUGGAAGUUUGUACGAAGAUGAACGAAGUUAAUAAAAAAUUAUAUAUCAA